AUGGGGGGCCCCAUUGGGUACAGCAGCACAGACACGGGGACGCGGCAGCCAGUGGUGAUUAUGCUGCGCCCCAGCAACAGCAGCAGCAGCAGCAGCAGCAGCAACAAAGUGUCUUGCUUCCUCGCGGGAGAAGAAAUAGACAUAAAAGAAAUGCAAAACAAAAUGAAAGAAAUUAUGAGCAGCCAAGGAGAAGCAAUCAGCAACGAAGAACUCGAAGUCGAAAUCGCUGUCCCAAACGGGGUGCACGCGGUGUUCGUGGACCUUCCGGGCUUGAAGGAAGACUCGAAGCAAGGAGCAGCAGCAACUCGCGCGGUGGUUCGCUCUUAUGUGCAGCACAACCCCAACGACCUUUACCUGCUCGUCAAGAAGGCCAGCGACGACCCCGCCAACUGGCCCUGGACCCUCAGGGAGUUCAUACUCGCGCCCAGCCCCAAGGGCCUCGGACUAAGUCCCUCGCAAACUGUCGUGGUGGGCACAAGAGCUCGGGAGUUUUUGCAAAAUGAAAAAAGCGACGUGAAGACGCAGCAGCAGCUGCUGGAGCGCGUUCGAAAGCGCGCAGUGAAGGACGCUUCUGGGGAGAGUUUGCCUUUGUAUCUUCUGGAGUU